AUGAGACCUCAUAAUAUACUUUCCAGUGUGGAUGAGGGAAGUGACCAGGUUCACUACUGGACACUACUUACAAGCCAAGCCUUAGAUACUGUCUGGAGAAUAGCGAAGGCUUCUGUGAUAUUGGCCAUUUCAUUUCUAGUGGCCACCAUCUGCUACUUCAAGAGCCUGCAUUUAUAUUUAGGGCAUCGGCUGAAAUGGUGGAUUGGCUAUCUGCAGAGAAAAUUCAAAAGGAACCUCAGUGUGGAGGCAGAAGUUGAUUUACUCAGUUAUUGUGCAAAAGAAUGGAAAGCAGAAACGCCUCAUGCCAAGCUGAUGAGGAAGGCUUAUGAGGAGCUGUUUUGGCGGCAUCAUAUUAAAUGUGUUCGGCAAGUCAAAAGAGAUAACUAUGAUGCUCUAAGAUCGGUGUUAUUUCAGAUAUUCAGCCGAGGCAUCUCUUUUCCAUCGUGGAUGAAGGAAAAAGACAUUGUUAAGCUUCCUGAAAAACUGCUAUUUUCACAAGGUUGUAAUUGGAUUCAGCAGUACAGUUUUGGUCCUGAGAAGUAUACAGGUUCAAAUGUGUUUGGGAAAUUACGUAAAUAUGUGGAAUUACUGAAAAUACAGUGGAGUGAAUUUAAUGGAAUUAAAGAUUAUCACAAGAGAGGAAGUAUGUGCAACAUCCUCUUUUCUGAUGCCAUUCUGGAAUAUAAACUUUAUGAAGCUUUGAAGUUCCUCAUGCUGUAUCAAGUCACUGAAGCUUAUGAACAAAUGAAGACUAACAAGGCCAUUCCCAGUCUUUUUAGGCUCUUGUUUGCCAGGGAGACAUCAUGCGAUCCUUUGAGCUUCAUGAUGAACCACCUGAAUUUUGUGGGUGACACCUGUGGUCUAGAGCAGAUUGAUAUGUUUAUACUUGGAUACUCCCUUGAAGUAAAGAUAAAAGUGUUCAGACUGUUCAAGUUUAACUCCAGAGACUUUGAAGUCCGCUACCCAGAGGAGCCCUUCAGGGAGUGGCCAGAGAUCCCCCUGCUGACCGAGAACGACCGCCACUACCACAUUCCCGUCUUUUAGGUCUGCGGGGGCCGCGCAGUGGCAGUGGUCAUACUUGAAAGUAAAGUGUAUCUAUAAAACCUAAACUAGCAUUUCAGCUGUGGAAAGAAUUGGGACCUUUUGGUACAGAAUCACAGGUACUACGUAUCCUGGAUGGAGCAAU